CAGCUGUUGGGGAGGAAGAGAGACAGAGGGUGACGCUCCCUCAGUUUUCGUCUUUUUCUGAGCCGUCUGGGGCGUUUAAUGAGGCAGCUAUGGGGGCUAUAACCAGUAGACAGAACGCUGGCGUGGAGGAGGUGGAUAUUGGGGUCAACCACGCCUACAGAUACCCUCCAAAAUCAGGAAACUACUUCAGCAGUUAUUUCAUUAUGGGAGGGGAACGGUUCGACACAGCAGUGCCAGAGAUGUAUCUCUUUGGUGAGAACAUGGAUGUCAACUUCUUAGGUUCUCGUCCAGCUCCAUUUCCCUAUCCUGCUCCAACAGCAAAUGAACCAAGUAAAACACUAAAGGCACUCCUCAAUAUAAGGAAAGAGAGCUUGCGCUUUGUGCGUGCACCAGACGACUCUGCCAUGUUAAAAGAGGCAGAGGAUAGAACAGCCACUACUAGAUUUAACAUUGAGUUCACUUUUGACUGUGAUGUGCGAUGUGCUAUAACCAUCAUGUAUUUCUGUACAGAAGAGGUGACAAGCAAUGGAAUAAUCUACACUCCACGUGAUCCAAACAUGAAUUCGGAGACCUACCACUACAAGCGAGGAGCAAAUCAACAGUUUUCACAAGUAUGCCAUGUGUUUGACCCAUCACUAUACCCUGAGGAAGAUCUGAUGUACAGCUUUGACCGUGAAGUUAUGCCCAUUGUCAUUUACUGUCUGGCAGAAGAAGGGGAAGAUGAAUUUUCCACAGAGCCUCGCCAGUCCCAUGUGACAUUCGCUGUGGUGGAGAAGCACAGCGAGGGAUAUGUCUUGAAGCCUCUCAAGCAAAAGCUGUUCGUGGAUGGGCUGUCAUACCUCCUGCAGGAAAUCUAUGGCAUCGAGAACAAAAAAGCAGACAAUGCCAAAGUGGCAACAGAGGAGGACACAGAGGAUAAUGGAGCAGAGUGUGUCAUCUGCAUGUGUGACCUGCGAGACACUCUCAUUCUACCCUGCCGCCAUCUGUGUCUGUGUAAUUGCUGUGCAGAUUCCCUCAGAUACCAAGCCAACAACUGCCCCAUUUGUCGUGCUCCAUUCAGAGCUUUGCUACAGAUAAAAGCCCUUCAGAAGAGUACUGGACAGGUGACCAAUCCACAGCCAAACACUGAGGUAAACAAGGCCGCGCAUGUGGUAGUUUCGUUCUUGCCAGACAAGCAAGGAGACUGCGAGGAGGAUCAUGAGGGUUGGCUUGCAUGCACUGCUUUGAUUGGAAACCUGGAUGCCCCUGACAUUGCUAAAUACCAACAUGACACUUAUGCUAAAUUAUUUGGCUGUGAUAAUGUCCCUCCAGGCUACGAGGCAGUACCCUUGAUCGAGGCGCUGAAUGGCCCCUCGGUGGCUCCCCUGCAGCCCACUGCCCCACCUGCCCAUGAUCGGUACGUCCAGUUGCCUCAGAGUCCAGCAGAUGUCCCAGCAGAUGCCAUUGUCCGCAAUGAAGCCUCGAGAUGCUUUAUUGAGAGCAUCACAAUCAGAUCUGGCACAGGGACCCUGGAGGACUCUACCACACAGACCGAACAGCCGCCCAAUUCUUGUGAGAUGAAUAACAGCUCAUCUGUAGUUCCUGAGAUGCGUAUGUCAGUUCUGCUUGCUCAGGAGUCAGAUGAUGUCACAAGUACAAAACUGGAGAACAUUGCAAGCACCCCUGUUUCUUCAGCAAAGAAGAAGGCAGGCCGCAAACAUUCCCGGGAGAAGCAGCAGUUUGGUUCUAAGGACAGCGUAAAAAUUGUGAAUGAAAUUGGGGGACAGCGUAACAAGGAACCUGUGGACCCAGCAGAAACACGAAGCUUAUUGGAUGAAGACAAAUCAGAGAUCGACGCUGGUGUUAAUAGCAGCCAGGACCCAGCCCAACAGCAGGCGGUGCUGAAUCCUGAGGAACAGUCUCAGAAGGAGCUGCGAGCCCCCCAGGCAGAGGCAGAAGUGGAUGAGGAGGAAACUGGAGAAGAGGAGCCAGAAUUGGAAGAGGAAAACAUGGAAGAAAUGGAAGGAGAAGAAAAUGACACCGAGAAUUCGCUCAGCUCCCUCCCUACUUUAGCCAUGAGGUGUGCUCCCAACUCAGAGGUCGACGUGGAGGACAGCAUAUCGCAGGCUCCGACAGAAUCACCCGUUUGGACCCCCAGAAAGGAGGAAGUGGAAGGAGGGAAAAAUCUAGAGAAAGAGGAGAACCUGCGCAGGGAAAGAGCUAGCGCUUCCUCCGAGAGUGGAGUGCCAGCAUCGCCUAACGGUGGGUUCUCCUCACUCACCCACCAAAGCGAUUCACUGUCUCUGCCAGGCACACCUCUCAGUAAUGCCUCGGUGAUCAGUCGGUCAUCUGAUGCCUCUGUGAGCUCGGCAUCGUCCACCCGUGCACUUCUCUCGCACCCCACUGAUGGAUUUCCUUCCAGCGUGGUUUAAAUGUUCACUACAUAGUGGAAGUUGUCCUUUUUUUUCUUUCUUUCUUUAUUCAGUUCUAUUAUUAUGAUGACUGUCAUUCUCAAAUUAAAGUCACAAAUGAUACCCAUCACAGUAUGAAUUGUGAGGUCUUUUGUAUUUUUGUUCAUUUUGCAUUUCUUAAAUUUUGCAAUAUGCAGAGUGAAAGAAUUUACAAGGUUUGCAUAUAUGAGCCAGAUGUAUGUAAUGUUGCUUUUGUCAUAAGUAGGGAAUUCUUUUUAAUAUUGAGAGAAGGUGUGUCGUUAAUUGUAUUUUAAAAUAUUUCAGUCGUUACUGUCUUUAUCAUUCAUUUUUCUCGCGCAGCAAAGAGUUGGUGCAUAAAGAACUUGGUAUGUAUAAAUUGUAAAAAUUGAAUAAUUAGCAUAGUAUUGUUCGUAUAUCAAUUUUAUUUGGGUCAUUUAUGGGCUGUUGGAAGGAUUAUCUCCUCAGUUGACAAAAAUUAUCAAGUUGUUACGUAAAAGGGUAAACCAAAUAUAGAAUUCUGAUGAAUGAUUAGCAAAAUAUUUGCUUUAGAUAUAAUCCAUUAGAAAGUGUCAGGUUACUAAUAAAAAGAUAUUAGUAUAGAGUUUCACUGAUCAAAACAAAUUAUGAAUUCCAUCCGCUGUUUUUAGAUCUGCAGUAAAUCUAGCAAUUAUAGUUUGGUACCAAAGGACACAAAGGAUUUUUCUUUUUCUUGUUUACUGUUUGUUCAAGUCCUUUUCAGCUAAGAAUUAUAUGCCUGUGAUAUUAAGCAGAUCUGCUGUAUCUAUUCAUUUGUAUAUAUCAACUUUUGUUUGUAAUGCUGUCCUUAUCAUAAAGGAUGAAUGUGUUCUGUCUCUCACUCUGUUCACAUAUCGUUAGAAAAGUUCACAAGGUAAUGGAAUACGUCGUUUAUAAGGGUUUAGUGUUAAACUUUUGUUAUUAAUUUCUAAAAUGUAUAUCUUGCAAAUAUCAGAAUAUAAGAGAUAUUUACUA